AUGGAUUCUAUAUCCUUUGAGGUUAGUGACCACGUGUUUCUUAAAAUCUCAUCGAGAUGGGACUUGAUGAGAUUUGGAAAGAGUAGGAAAUUGUCUCCAAGGUUUAUUGAACCUUUCAAGAUUUUAGAGCGGGUUGAGGAAGUGGCAUAUCGUUUGGCCUUAUCACCACAAUUUUUUGGGGUUUAUGAUGUGUUCCAUGUGUCCAUGCUUAGGAAGUACGAACCCAAUCCUUCACAUUUACUUGAUUGGAUCGAUUUAAAGGUAGAUGAUGAUGCCUCAUAUGAAGAGCGACCGGUUCAAAUUCUGGAUACCCGAGAACAAAUGUUAAGGGGUACGACCAUACCAUUAGUGAAGGUGUUGUGGAGGCAUCACGGUGUUGUGGAGGCAUCACGGUGUUGCGGAAACAACUUGGGAAUGAGAAACUGGUUGUUAUUGGGGAUUGUGGUUAUGGCACUGGUUUAA